AUGAGCGCAUCUUCAGAAGAGAGGGAAGAUGCUGCUGCAGAGGAGAUGACAGACAUGGCAGACCCUCCUUCCGCUCAAGACACCGGCGACGAGCAGCAGGCGGCGACAGAGCAAGCCGAGGACCAGCACCACAUCUCUGAUCUGCUAGAGGAGGAGCGACAGCAGGACUCAAUUUUGCCAUCGGAAGAGAAUGGCCUUGCCCACAGAUACAAGAAACUUGCCGAGGAUGAGCUGGAAGCCACGUCCGACAAUGGCUCUGUGGACGCGCUGCCCAGGAGGGCCGGCAGUCCCGUCGACUCGAUGCUCUCUGUCCCGGAUCGUUCUCCGUCAGUUCAGGGUUCUGGCAUUUCCUCUCCCAGUAGCAGCGUCCUCCCAUCACUCGCUUCGAGACCCCGAAUGGGGAGCCCGACUCCCUCCUUUCGACCCUUCGACCGCCGAUUCCAAUCCCGGAUCUCUACGCCUAGCAACCUGUCUCCUAGACCAGCCUCCCCGGCGUUUCUGUCGAGUCACAGCCGGAAUGCCUCCCUGACUAGUCAGAUUCUCUUAGACACCGGCGAUACGGAGACCCCAUCCCCGCCGUGGGAAGUUGUACGAUGGACCAAACUGAGGAAGCUCAAUGGGCAGGCGUUCUCAGAAGUUGGCAAACGGAACUUUGGAUCGCCAACAUGCAUUGCUGUCUCGGCGCACAUAGUCCUCGGGACCUCCAAGGGCAUAAUAUUAAUGUUUGACUACAACCAAAACCUGAAGAUGAUCAUCGGGCCGGGAACCAAAGCUGUAGAGUGUGGCGCGAUCGUCUCCAUUGCUAUAUCAGCAGAUCAUAUUACCUUGGGCGGCGGCCAUGCUGAUGGCAGCAUCUUUACAUGGGACACCACACGAGCGUCUCGCCCUUUCCUUCAUAUUCCUCCACUAGACGCCGCGCAGACGCAGAACCGCACGACGGAUGGCCACCUGCCAGGUGUUGCUAUUACUCACCUGGGAUUCUUGGGAACAAGACACACAGCUCUCGUUUCUGCCGACGACAGGGGCAUGGCCUUUUCGCACCUUGCAACGCGAGGCACUGGGUCUUUUGGCCGGACAGUCAAGACUACUAGGAUAUUGGGACGAUAUCCAGACUCCAAACCUCUCGCCUCGGGUAAGACCCUGAAACCUAGCACAGUUCUGGCAUUCGCGCCUUUGCCUCUUGGGACCAUCGAGCGCGCCACAGAUACGAUGGGGUUGACAGCAAUGCUGACACCCUAUUUACUGGUCAUUGUCUCAACCACUCCUAUCGCCCAGACACAGCACAAGUCGGCGAGACCGAAAGAGGUUGCUGCCCAUAGUGCGAUGACUGGCUGUCUGGCUUGGUUCCCUGCCGUCAAACUGAAAGUCGUGGAUCCAGCGACCGGUAGCCAAACUGCUAAGGCAAAGCUUGUCUACUGCUGGUCCAACGUCUUGACUGUCUUGGACGUUGAAGAGAUCCCCGCUGAAGAUAAGGACAAACCGCCAAGUCUUAAAUUCAAAGCAAGGAGCAGAUGGAAAUGUGAAGAGGCGAUUGUGGCCGUGCAAUGGCUGAGCCGGUCGGUUCUGACUGUCCUCACAAUCAGCCAAAGAUUGAUCGUUCUGGAAGAUCGGAGCAUGCGGAUGACCGAGGCUUUCGACCUGAUAGGUCGCCAUAUAUACCAUGUUGAUCUUUUCUCAAAGCAGCUGCAUACCUUGGUUGAGCAGCUUGACGAAGAAGACACGUCGAUGCAUGGUGUAGUUGCCGACGCUUUCUACAUGAGCUUCAAGUCCUACAAGAAUCGAAUAUUUCUCAUGGGCUUCAACGACGUCUCCAUUGGAGCUUUGUCCAACUGGGCCGACCGACUUAUUGCACUGAUGGAAAACGGCGACUAUGUGGGCGCAAUCAAACUGGCUACGCUCUACUAUACAGGGGACGCAGACAAGCUCACUGUGGGGUUGCCAGAAAACACAGAUGUGCGGCACACUAUGGUCAAAGACAAGCUGUUGGAGCUUAUGAGCGCGUCCUUGAAGUAUGCUUUUGGCCAACGACAGAAGGACCCUGCAGCUGUAGAUGACGGCCAUCUUCAAGAGUUGAGCGAGACGUGCUUUACAGCCUGCCACAGUAUUAGUAACAUCGAUUUCCUAUUUGACGAGAUGUACGAGUGGUACGAGGAUGCCGGCGUUGAAGGCAUCUUUCUUGAAACCAUGGAAUCGUAUAUUUUGGAAAAGACGAUCUCGGCGGUACCGCCUACGAUCGUGAAAGGCAUGGUCGCUCACUUCGUCAGUAAGGGUCUAGAGAGCCGGCUCGAGGAGAUGAUUUGCCACAUGGAAACAGCUACCAUGGACUUGGACCAAGUCACUGGCCUGUGCAAGCAACAUGGCCUCUACGAUGCUCUCAUUUACGUUUGGAACCAGGCGCUCGACGACUACAUCACACCGCUCAUCGAUCUGUUGACACUUUUGAUACCCCUGAUGCGCGAAGCGGACGAUGAGCCUUCAAGAAACGUCUUGGAUGAGGAGGCAUCUAGCGUCAACGCCUUGAAAAUCUUCCCGUACCUCUCUUACAUUCUGACGAGUCGAGUCUACCCAACGGGCGAGGCAAUUGAACAUGGACUGUCUAUGAAAGCGAAAGCUGAGCUGUAUUGGUUUCUCUUCUCUGGGAAGAGUAUAGAGUGGCCCAAGGGAAGUAACAAGCGUUUCCUGACCCGACCCAACCAGGCCGAGGAGCCAUCAUUUCCAUAUCUCCGAAUGAUUCUGAAGUUCGAUGCGCCAAGCUUCCUGAGCUCGCUGAACGAAGCUUUUGAGGACUCGUUUUUAAACGACUCUCCAGAAAAGCAAGUCAACGGAGGAGCGAGGGGAGACCUGCCGGAAGAGCAAAUCUUCGGACUGACGGUGGAUCGCCAAUACAUCGUCUCCAUCCUGAUUGAGAUCAUGAACGCAAACGACUUUGCGGCUGAGGACACAAUUUACUUAGACAUGUUCAUCGCAAGAAACUUGCCCAAAUACCCGCAGUACCUGCUGCUCCCAGGGUCAGCACUAACAAAAGUGUUGACUGGGCUUUGCAACUUCCCAGGAGCGGAUCUCGCAGACGACGCCCAGUUGAGCGCUGAGUAUCUGUUGUCCGUAUACAAUCCCUCCGAUCUUCCUACGCUGAUGCCACUGUUCAAGGAAGCCGGGUUCUAUCGGAUCUUGAAAAGGCAGUACAGGCUCGACAAGCAAUACGGCAAGCUGUUGCAGACGUACUUUGAGGAUCCAAAUGACAAAGAUGCAACGUUUGACUGUAUUGCAAACUGUCUUCGGCCGCAAACAGGGCUCUCUAAGCGCCAAAUUGGAGAAGUGCAUCAGGUCAUCAGAGACAAUUCGAGAGAUCUCGUGGAGCUUGACCCUUCACGAGCUGCCAAGGUGGCGGAAACAUACGCACCAGGGUUGCAUCGUCACAUACUGGACUCCUCAACCGACGAGCCAGAGUUGCAGUACAGCUACCUCAAUGCCAUCCUGGAACCUGCUGUCGAGCGUUCGGAGGACUUCAAGCCAUCAGCCGAAAGAGAUUUGAUCGAGCAGUAUGUGCAGCUCAUGUGUAGAUAUGAGCCCACUCAUGUCUCGGACUAUGUAGGGAUUGUACAAUCCACCAAUUUGAGGUUGGACAAACUACUGCCUACCAUGGAGGAGACGGGCGUUAUAGACGCUGCGGUCGUGUUAAUGGCCCGCGAAGGUCAAACUCAUGAGGCCAUGGAUAGGCUUGUCAAGCAAUUAAACACGCUUGAGUCUGCCCUGCAGGGAGUUCUGACAGGGGCGAAAGAGGAUGAUGUCUCGACCAACCUCCAUUCAGCAACUGCAGAACUUCUGACAGGCCUGCAAAAGUACACGCAUGUAGGCAUUUGGCUCUGCCAGGGACAGACGAAGACCGCGAAGAAAUCGACGGCUGGCCAACGAAAGAAAAAGUCAACGUCGACCGACGAACUAUCACCAGAUGAGGCAUUGUGGCUUAGCCUCAUCGAUGCAACGGUCCAAAUUACUCGUCGUCUAUCGAGCUCCAUCCAGAACAUGGCCAAUCAAGCGGUUUCAAAUGCCGAAAAGGGCAAGCAGGUCAAUGGCACGGAAGCACACCAACACGAGAUAGAUACCGAGAAACUGGUCGGGCUCCUCCGCUCUCUUGUCCAACACACCUUCACCGCACUGCUUGCCGCCACAUCAACUCCCUCCACACAGCAACCAAGCGGCCCUACGCGUGUCCUGUCCACCACUGCAUCAGCAGUGGGCGACAACCUCACAUUCCUGCGCAUCCUCCGCGCAUUCCUCACCAAGGCCGCCGCUUCAUCACCGAAUCUCGCCGACCUGCGAGCGGUGCUCCAGUCCAUAUUCGCAGCGUACGCAUACGAGGAGUCGAUUCUGCGCCUGUCGAACCGCCUACUCGAGCGCAGCCUCUUCGUGAGCGUCAAGCAGGCGACGGAGCUUCGACAGCGCGGGUGGCGGCCCAGGGGCUCGACGUGCGAGGCGUGCGGGCUGCGGGUUUGGGGGCCGGGCGCCAUCUCGACUGGGAUCAUCGACGCGUGGGAGGAGAAGACGGCCGCCGAGGAAAGCAGGCGCAAGGCGAGGCUCGCCGGCCUGGGGCGGACGGCGGAGCGCGGCAAGGGCAGGGAGAAGGUCGGGCGCGAGGGCAUGAUGUUCGACCACGGCAUGGCGGGCGGAUCUGGCGGCGGCAGCGGCAAGGGGAAGGACUCGUCCGUGCCUAUGACGCCCGAGUCGUUCGAGGCGAGGACGCCGGACCAUGGGGAAGGAUCCUCGCCUGAGGAUGAGGACCAGCAGCAGCAGGAGUUGUCCUCCGCGCAGCAGCAGCCGGGGCAGGGUGGGCCCGCCGCGGUGGGUGGUGGGGUCUCGGGCCAGCUGCCGGGAUACCGGCCGCUGGUUGUGCUGGCGUGUCGGCAUAUCUAUCACCAGAGCUGUCUGGAGGCGCUACAGCCGCGCGAUGAGAUCACGGGUGCGAGGAGGCAUGUUGAUGAGUAUGGGAGGGAGAGGGAAUAUAGGUGUCCUAUUGAUGGGUAG